UUGAGAGAACGAGGAAAGGAGGUGGGUUGGGAAAGAAAGUUUGUCUUCUUUUGGGAGCUCCAACCCUUUUGAACUUUCUGGAGCGUAUCUCUCUCUUUUUCCUCUACCGCUCUGCACCGCUCCUUGAAAAAGUAGGGAGGGGUUCAUUAGAUUGGGGGUCCCGGCCCCUUUGGGUUUGGAGGGGCUGGGCUUUAGAAGUGGGUCUUCAGCUUUUCUCUUCAGCCGGAUCUGUCACUCCUCUCUUCUCUGAAAUUUCGUAUCAAACUCUUUUGAGUUUCAAACCAAAGUAUCAAAUGGCAACUUCUACGGUCCACUCCAAUAAGAUUAUGAAAAGGUUAGAAUCAAGAAAGUCACAUUCCUGGUGGUGGGAUAGCCACAUCAGUCCAAAAAACUCCAAGUGGCUUUCUGAGAAUCUUGAGGAGAUGGACAAGAGCAUCAAACGGAUGUUGAAGCUGAUCGAAGAGGAUGGAGAUUCAUUUGCAAAGAAGGCUGAGAUGUAUUAUCAGAAGAGGCCAGAAUUAAUCUCUCUUGUUGAGGAUUUCUACCGCAUGUACCGGUCUCUGGCUGAGCGGUAUGAUCAUGUGACAGGAGAAUUGCGGAAGAAUAUCCCCUCAGAUCUCCAAUCUCAAGGCUCAGGCAUUUCUGAUAUGGGCUCUGAACUUCCCUCUACAUGGACUUCUCCUGAUCAAAGGCUAGGUCGCCGUAAAUCUGGCAACCGAGCAGCUGGUUUUGAUUUCUUUCUUGGCCCUGGUGGCAACAGUUCUGAUUAUUACCAGAAAGAAGGAGAUGAAUCAUCUACAUUAACAGAUUCCGAGGCAGAAUCUGAUGAUUCCUCAGUCAACAAUUACUCAGGACUUUUGGUAAAUGGCGGUGAUCAUGCUUCACAUAGAAAGAUAAUUGAACUGGAAAUUGAGCUCCGUGAAUUGAAAGAGAAGCUUCGCCUGCUACAGGAUGAUAAUGUGGAUGGUUCAUUGUCUUCUAGGGGGUCGAAACAUGAGACGUCUGAAGAUUAUUUUUCUAGAAUUGCAGGAUAUGAGCAAGAGCUAAGGGUUGCAAAUGAAAAAAUACAGGAUUCAGAAGAAGAGAUUGCUAGAUUGAAGAUUGAGCUCCAAAGGUAUAAGUCAUCAGAAUUCAAUAAUGCUCUUGCAGCUGGGGUUGAAUCAGCAACAGAGAAAGAAGUCAAGACGAGCCAGAUUGAACUGGCAUUGGAGGAAAAUCAGACAUCAGAGUUUCAGGAAAGGCUUAAUGUGUUGGAUGGAGAUGUAAACCCAGAUAACAAUAUUCAGACACUGGUAGAGGAGCUUAGAAUAACAAAAGAAAGACUUCUGGGUUCAGAAAAUGAAAUUAAUAAUUUGAAAUGCGAACUUGAGAGAAAUAAAUCCUCUGAGAAAAUCCGCCAACUGCAGGGUCAGCUUGAAUUGGCUCAAAAGGAUGUUACCAUGUGGAAAAACAAGCUCAACGCAGAGAAAAGAGAGGUCUCCAAGCUGCAGGAAAGGAUGACAAGGUUAAAAAGUAGUUUAUCAGACAGGGAUCAUGAGAUCAGGGAUUUGAAGUUAGCAGUAUCAGAUGCCGAGCAGAAGAUAUUUCCAGAAAAGUCACAGGUCAAGGCAGAAAUAUCAAAGUUGCUAGAGAAAAAAACUCAUUUGGAGCAGCAACUUAGAGAUUGGGAAUGUCGGGGACGUUUGUUGGAGGAGGAAAUUAGAAAAAUCAAGGCCCAAAAAACUGAAAUGGAGGAAAGACUUAGCAGUAAAAUCAACCAUUUAAAGGCCAACAUCGAGGAAAAAGAUAGCUCGAUUGAGACACUGAAUAAGAGCCUUGAUUCGCUGAAAGACAAAACAGACGAUCUCAAUACUAAAGUCCAUACUCUUGAAACAGAGUUGAGUUGUAGAGAUGACAGGAUCGUUCAAAUGGAUAAGCAGUUGCGGCAAUUACACUUAGAACACGUAGAACUGAUUGCCAAGGCUGAAGGGGCACAUAAACAGGUGGAGGAGCUAAGAACAAGAGCUAGUGAAUUGGAAGAUGAGGUUGAGAAGCUAAAAGUUGCAAUAGUGGAAGGAGCAGAAGAAAAACGAGAGGUUAUACGGCAACUUUGUUUCUCAAUUGAACAUUAUAGGAAUGGAUAUUAUAUGCUUCGCAAGGCUGUUGGGAACAAACGAGUUCCGGUUUUGGCAUCAUAGGUUUAGUAAUAUUUGGUAUUGUAUCAUAUAUAUAUAUAUAUAUAUAUAUUUUUUUUUUUUGGAGUGCUUGUUUUGUCACUGAGGUUGAAAAUUGCCGAAACCUUAGUACCAUGUGGCCAAGGCUCGUGGCCAAUAGUUGAUGUGUGGUUUGUUUACUAUUGCAUAGAGAAUACGCAAAGAGUACCCAAUCUUAGGGGCCAUUUUGUCA